AUGAGUGGUAAGACCGUAACGUUAACAUUAGUACUGCUGUUGUCGUUGUCCAGAUUAUGCUUGCAACCAGUUUUCAGUAUCAUUUCUGAUUGUGAUGAGACUUAUAACUACUGGGAGCCAUUGAAUCUUUUGGUCAGAGGGUUUGGUAAACAGACGUGGGAAUACUCACCAGAGUACUCUAUUAGAUCGUGGUCAUUUUUAUUACCCUUCUAUGGUGUUUUACACGCAUUCCAGGGUAUACUUCCUGGGCUAGAUGCUUACUGGAACUUUUAUAUCACUAGAUUCCUUCUAGGUCUAUUGAGUCUUGUACUAGAAAUUGGACUACACUGGGAAAUUAGCAAGUUGAUGUCAAUGCGUGUCGCUAACCUCUGGUUGUUUUUCCAAUUGUUCAAUCCUGGUUGGUUCCAUGCCUCUGUUGAAUUAUUACCUUCUUCCAUAGCUAUGUUACUAUCAAUUGGAUCCAUCAAGUAUGCACUCAGAUACCUAUCCGGGGGCCAAGAGAAACCAUUCAUUCUCAGCAUGGCUUUCACUUUUAUCGCCGGUGUAUUGGGUUGGCCCUUUGUAUUCCUAUUAGGAUUACCUCUAUGUUUCCACUAUUUGAUUACACACAAGUUGAUCAAUACCAUUAGAGCCGCCUUUGAUGCAGGUACAGUAUUGACUUUAGUAGUCAUCAUGGUAGUUGGAUUGGAUUCCCUCAUCUACGGCAAGUUUACACCUGUAUCCUGGAAUGCAUUUUGGUACAACGUCGUAGAUGCUAGUGAAGUGUCAGGUCCUAACAUCUUUGGUACCGAACCCUGGUUCUACUAUAUUUUAAACCUAGUGUUGAACUUCCCCUUACCAGUGCUCGUUCUAGCACCAUUGGGUUUGUUCCAUAGACGUAUCUGGCCAUUAUCAUUAUCACUAUUAGCAUGGUUAGCCAUCUUCAUGGUUCAACCUCAUAAGGAGGAGAGAUUUCUAUACCCAAUUUAUGGGUUCGUCACACUAUCAGCGGCAGUUGGUUACGAGAAAUUGGUGAGUUUGUUUAAAGGUUCUUGCUGCUUGCACAAGACUUUUCAAUUGGGUACUAUAGCUACGGUAAUUCUUUUAGCAACUUCUCGUAUAGCCGCUCUAGUGAUUCAUUACGGUGCACCUUUACAAGUGUAUGGUGAAUUAUACAACUACACCCUCAAUACAGACAAAUCAAGAAACGUUUGCACGGGGCGUGAAUGGUACCAUUUCCCCAAUUCCUUCUUACUUCCUGAUCAUCACAGAUUAAAAUUCGUUGCAUCAGGAUUUGAUGGACUGUUACCAGGCGACUUUCCUGAAGAAGGUGGUUUAUUGAACCAAAUUAGACAAAUUCCUCCAGGCAUGAAUAAAGAAAACCAAUUUGAUGAAGGUAAACUAUGGCCAAGUGAUGACUGUGACUUUUAUGUGGACAUUUUCAAACCAAUUGAUUUCUUUAAGGACGAUUUCAACCCAUUGUGGAUGCCAUCUGACUGGGAUAAAAUUUCUUGUCACAAAUUCAUCGAUGUGGAAGAUUCAAAGAUUUUGGGUAGAUCCUUCUACGUACCUGAGUGCGUCUCAAACCAUUUACAAGAGUUAUUCCCACAGCACUGGCCCAAGAUUUACAAAGCUGGCCAAACCGAUUACUGUCUGUACGGUAACGUUACAAGAUUUAAAGAGUUAUCCCAAAAGAAAGAUUCUGCAGUCGUCUAUUGA